AUGAAGUUCACACAAGCCGCCGUACUGGCUAUGCCAGCUCUUGCUGCUGCCUACCCUGGAAUGAUGGGUGGUGCAGGUUCACGCCAGGAAAUUGAAGACUACCUCCGUACCGAAAUCAAGCGUGAAGAGGCGGAGAAGCGUGAAGCUGAACCCCAACUUCUCAACCCAGUCGGCAAUCUGCUUGGUGCUCUCGGUGACACUGUCUCUGGAUUGCUAAAUUCUGUCGGCGAGGCCAUUGUUGUCAAGAGCAAUUUGCGCCCAGAGCCCGGUUACGAGUUCAAGGCACCUGGCCCUGGCGACUCCCGUGGACCCUGCCCAGGUCUCAACCUUCUUGCAAACUACGGGUACCUUCCUCGCGACGGUUAUGUCAACCAAGGCCAGGUGCUAGAAGCUACCGCACGUGGCUUCAACAUGGCGACAGAUCUGUCUUUGGUCCUUACCACCUUCGCUGUUUUGGGCAGUGGUGAUCUUGAUGGAUUGUCAUUCUAUCUUGGAUCUGGAAAGAACGGAAUCGGUGGACUAAACCGCCACUCUGUUGUCGAGGCCGAUGUAUCGCCCAACCGCGAGGACUACUACACUGGCUGCGGUGACAACCACCAUCUGUCUUCCCGCCUUGUGAAGCAAAUGGUUGGUCUUGCUGCGCAGGACCCUAAGAAGGAGUUCAGCAUGAAUGUCAUGGCUCAACACUACGCCCGCAGCGCGACCUUCUCAAAGGACUACAACCCGUUCUUGUACUACUUCCCCUUCCCCCAGAUCGUCAGCUUGGGAGCCUUCGCCUUCUACCCCAACUUCUUCUCCAACGGCACUUACGGCUUGGGAGGUGUUGCCAACUACAAGUCCAUCAUGAGCAUCAUUGGUGCUGAAUACGACCAGAAGACUGGGGAGUUCAAGUAUGUUCCUGAAAGAUGGCCCGAGAACUGGUACCGCCGUGCGACACCAUAUGGUGCAGUCACCACACUCGCCGACGGAUUUCUGCAAAUCUACCCCCGCAACAUCAUUGUUCCCGGCGUUGCUCAGAUUGGCACGCAGAACUUCAACCCUCGGACCUUGCUUUGCGACGUUUACCAGGGUCUCAACUCCAUCACACCCCUCGUGCUCGGAGGCACCGAGGAGAACGUCGCCAAGGGCGUUUCGUGGGCUUUGAGCGUACUUGACCCGCUGUUCAGCAAGACUGCGCUUGGCUGCCCCGAUAGCGUAAUCUCGCCUAACGUCCUCUUCCCUCAGUCGCAGCGCGAAGGUGGGCCAGUGAACCCACCGAGGAUUCCCUCGGACGCCAACACUGGUGAUAACGUCUACUACAAGACGUACUUCAAGAACGCACCCAUGAAGCCACAGUGCAACCCUUCUCAGAACUAA